CGAAUCUCCUCUCACACACAACCCCUCCAUCUCUAUCUCGUGUGAAUAAAUUCAGAGUCAUGUCCACAAAGAUGAUUCCGCAUAUAAAGUACCUGCAGGACUUGUACUGUCAUUCGUGUGAUUGUUCCAAUUCAGACGAUCCUGGUGGAGGCAGCGCUGAAAGCGAAUUCGGCUUGAAACCAACUAAUUGUCUAAUUCAAUGGUCGAUAGUGUCAUGGGUAAUGAAACAGCUGUUGCCGAUGUGGUGGGUCACAAGAAGGGAGUUCCAAAAAACGACAAAAUUCAUGGUGGUGGCUGCGGCGGCGAACCAGAGCAUGAGAUUCACAUUUGGACGGAGAGACAAAGGAGGAAAAAGAUGAGGGACAUGUUCUCUAAUCUUCAUGCCUUGGUCCCUCAACUCCCUGCCAAGGCAGACAAGUCCACCGUUGUUGAUGAAGCAGUGCGAUACAUCAAGGUGCUUCAACAAACUCUCCAAACAAUGCAAAGAAAAAGGAUUGAAAAGCUAAGUACUGGAACAAUAUUAACUGAUUCUUCUGAACCAUCCACCAUGACUUCACAGACACCCCAUGCAUAUGGAUCAACUUCAAGAGAAUCAUUUUUAGCCGGUCAGGGACUGUCCGAGGCCAUGAAUUCCGCGGUUUCUGUCCCUUUUACGCCUGCGUGCUUCCAGACAUGGUUUUCUCCUAAUGUUGUCAUGAACAUGUGCGGUGACGAUGCACAGUUCAGUGUUUGUUCACUGAGGAAGCCUGGUUUACUUGCCACCAUCUUUUACAUACUGGAGAAGCACAAUUUGGAUGUGGUAUCUACUCACAUUUCUUCAGAUCAACACCGCCGCAUAUACAUUAUAAAUGUUCAUCAUGCUGGUGGAGCUUCUCCUCAUUAUCGUGAUGCAUUAUCAGUGGAGGAUACCUUCAAGCUAGCCGCAGGAGAGAUGAAUCUAUGGCUCUUGUCUUGCUGAUUAUAAUGUUGUUGGAUUGGCAUGCAUGAUCAUGAAUAGCCGUGCAUGCUAGGUUGUUUCAUUCUCAAAAGACAAAAAGGUGGUCUUCUAUUUUAUAAUCCUUAUAUUCACUUUUGUGAUCAAGUUUUUAAGCGAUGAUGUAUAUACAAAGCAGACCUUGGUGUAUAUUGAAGUUCA